UGCUGAGCAGCAGCCAGUCGUGUUUUUCCCCUCGCGGAGCUCACUCUCUCGCAUCCUCUGCUCUGACUCCGCGCGCUUUCUGGCAUAAGCGGACAGUCGAGACCUCUCCUGUCUUUCUCCUCUCCUCAUUCCUUUGCCUGUUAUUUAUUUGUGUCUUUUCCUUUUAUCUGUUUAUUUUUUAAACAUUUCCCCCUCUUUACAGCCCCCAUGUGCCAGGGGCAUUAGUGGGGGUCCCAAAGAGAGUGUGAAAGUGUGUAUGUGUGUGAGUGGGAGGUUUCGGCAUGGAAGCGGUGGCACUUUACACGUUUCGUGCCACAGAGGGUGAUGAACUCAGUUUUAACAAGGGAGAUUUGCUCAAGAUCACCAACAUGGAGGAUGAUCCUAACUGGUACACAGCUGAGCUCCACAACAGGAAAGGCUUUGUGCCCAAAAACUACAUCAACCUGCGGCCACACGCCUGGUUCGCCGGUCGAAUAUCUCGCGGUGUGGCCGAGAGUCGACUCAGACACAGGGAGUGCGGGGCUUUUCUGGUCCGAGAGAGUGAGAGCGCCCCUGGAGAAUUCUCCAUGUCCGUCAGUUAUGGGGACCAUGUUCAGCACUUCAAGGUGCUGCAGGACCGCAGCUGUCAGUACUACGUGUGGGACGAGCUCUUCUCCUCCCUCAACGAGCUGGUGGAGUUCUACCAUAGCAACAGCAUCGCUAAGGAGAGGACGGUCUAUCUGAGAGACCCUGAGCACUUCGCCAGGCGUCCCCAUCACGCCCACGCUCUCUUUGACUUCACCCCUCACCACCCAUCGCAGCUACGCUUCCUGCGCGGUGAUGUCAUCGAACUCAUGGACUGCUCUGAUUCGCAGCGCUGGACGGGCCGUUGCCAUGGACACGUGGGUUACUUCCCCCCGGAGUACGUCCAACCCAUUUACCACUGCCAAUGACGUGACGCAUCAAAACACAAACGCUCCCACGGGUUUCAUAAAAGGUCUCGACCCCGCCCCUCACACCGCUCCCCUGUUGUGUCUAAUCACUGACGAGGGAAAAAACUGAACUGCUCAUUAUAGGACAGACUACUCCCAUUUCCCCCAGUGAUGCCACCUGUCAAUCACAAGCCUCGUCCAAUCAGCUGCUACGAGCUCAUCAAUUGCUUCCACCUGAUCCAACAACUAAUCUUUCAUUAUGUUUAAAAAGAAGAAGAUUUGGACCUAUACACUGUGGAGAACUCUCUCUCUCACACACACACACACACACACACACACACACACACACACACACACACACACACACACACACACACACACACACACACACACACACACACACACACACACACACACACACACACACACACACACACACACACACACACACCCCAACGGCAUAAUUAUUUAGAAGAGCUUAUCAGCCUUGGUGCAGGCUUAGUAAAAGCAACACACACCUGAUGAUGAAGGAAACAAGUGUUUGGGAGGUUGUGAAGGAAUUGGCGAGGUUUUCUCCGCUGAGAUGACUCAGGAUUUGCUCCAGUGUUCUGGCGCCGUUCCCAUGCAGAGAUCUAGCAGAGAGACACAGAGAGACAUUGUGUUGGGAAUAUUUGGGCCACACACUCUGAGGAUACUCACAAAGCCCUCUCUCGCUGUGCAGGAGUGUGUGUGUGUGUGUGAGGAGGGGUUUGUGUGUCUGAACACAUGUGAACCUGCAAACUUUAAGUGUGUUGAACGUGUGCUGAGGGAAAGCGAAUGCAUGUGUGUAUGAGUCAGUGUGUGUGCAGCCCUGUGGAGCAGUAAAGGUUACUGAGUGACCAGAAAACACUUUGUUUUAAAGAUACACAGCUUCAAAUGUACUAUACUCAAGUAGUUCAUGAAUCAUUUGUUUGUUGUUUGUUUGUAUUUAUUCUUAUUCAUGUGUAAUCUUAGAAUACAUAUAUUACAAGUAAGAUUAAACAUUGUAAAAAGGUUUUGUUUCUGUUAGUUUUUAUGUGAUUUACAGUAACCGAUCUUCCUUAACAUGUAAUGACGAAUCAUUUCAAUAAAGUGAUUACAUUGACCUCUUUAAACUUCA